AUGGCGGCGGCGGCGAGAGCAACAGCGUCUUCGAGAGCACUGACGAAAUCCCUAUCCCUGCUCGGUCGCCUCCCGAAGCUCUCCAGUGCUCCGACUCACUCGGCCCGAGCCCUAGGCAUCGUCAGGGCCUUCUCCGCCCUCGUGUCCGCCGUCCACGGCGGUGGUGUACGAGCAGCAAGAGUGGUGGAGGUUGCGCCAGUUUUGGUGAAGGACAAUGACGUGUGCGUCAGAAUGCUCGCCGCGCCUAUCAAUCCUUCCGACAUCAACAGCAUCGAAGGGACAUGGCAGACUUACAUUGUGAAAGGCCAGAGUGUAUGGCAAAAAAUUGAUAAGAAUUCUCCUAUUGAAUAUGCCGCGACAAUUUCAAUUAAUCCUCCGACCGCCUUGAGAAUGCUUGAAGACUUCACCUCUUUGGAUCCAGAUGUGAUCAUUAGGGGAUUCGAUUGUGCAAAAUGGGGCUACGAGUAUGGUGGGUUGAUGCCUCAUCCAAAUUGUGAAAUCCCGUGGCAUCCAUAG